UAUAGCGUCGUGUGUGAACUCGUUUUUGUGGCUUCGUUGGUACAUUUUCUGGUAUAAACAGGACUAUUUUUCUUAUGGUAAAACCUGGUCCUAAUGAGGCAGAGCCACUUUUCUGUGGAGCUAGUUUGAGAGGGAUCCAUAUGGACUGGUUCCACUGUAACAAGUGCUUCACCAGGAGAGGAGCGUCAUUCGCUGUAACCAGCUGUGGCCACAUCUGCUGUGAAUCAUGUAUUACAUCAAAGCAGUGCAGUGUAUGUGGCUCUGACUGCCGUUAUCUGCCUAUCACUGAUAAGAUGAAGCCACAGGAAAAGGUGUUUUUCAAAGACCCAGUGAAACUGAUGGAGUCACGCCUGGCGCACAUAUUACAGAUUGCACUUUUCCAGCAGAAGCAGAUGGAAAGAAUCGCAAUGCACUUAAAGCACAAGUCUGUGGAACUCGAAAGGCGUCUGAAGGAAGUCACUGAGCAGGGCGACAGGCAACUGUCAGAGCUGGAAAGAGAGAAUGGUGUCCUGAAAAAGCAGCUCUUAGAGCUGAAAAGAGAGAACGCCAAAUUAAAAAAGCCACUUUCUCAGAGGAGGGUUUCUCCAGGACAACUUCAGACAGAUGGUGCUCAAAAGAUGACAUUCCCUGUGGCUGUCACCUCCCGAGUUACCCCUCGUUCAAGAACAGUGAGCUCAGCUGAGUCCCAGGGGUGGACCAGAGACAGAGGUCCCAGUCUCUCCUCUCGCAAUACUCCUGGAUCAGUUACCUCGCUUUCCAGCAAUGGCUCUCUUCUUGAACACGUGCACCGAACACCCACACCCUUCGGCACCUCUACAAGGACUCAGCAUCAGACUCCUGCUUUCCAGUUCCAGUUCAUGAAUGGAUUUUCAAUACACUCUCCCAGAUGUUAGUUAAAUGUCACUGCUCCUUCUGUUCCAAGAAAACUGUUUUGGUCAGAGAUACAAUCUUUUUUGUAAUUAAAAGCAGUUGGUGAGUGGUUAAAUAUCUUAAACAUUGUUUAUAGUUUAUUUUUUUAUAAUAACUACUGUGCGUUUACAUGGAUGCGAUAGUGAUAUCACAAUUUGCAUUGUUUGGCAAUUAAACAACUACGUUCCUUUGGUCAGUAGUUGAUUCAU